GGAGAAGCCCUCGUCCGGGGUAAUUUGGUCCUCUUCACACUUUUCUUCUCCAAACGGGUUUUGGGUUUUUCUGUCCAUUCUCCAAUCUGCUAAAACCACGAAAAUGGAAAAUCUGAGCGGAAACCCGGUUGAAUCCCAUAAAAGUGACGUACUUCCUGCUUCCGCUUCCGCAUAUCUUGACCCUCACUACUGGGACGAUAGAUUCUCUCAUGAGGAACAUUACGAAUGGUUCAAAGAUUACUCUCACUUUCGUCAUCUCAUCCUUGACCACAUUAAUCCAGCUUCUUCUGUAUUGGAGCUGGGGUGUGGAAACUCUCAGCUGUGUGAAGGGUUGUAUGGAGAUGGGAUUACUGAGCUCACCUGCAUUGAUUUGUCACCUGUGGCUGUGGAGAAGAUGAAGCAGAGAUUAAUAUCCAAGGGCUACAAGGAUAUUCAGGUGUUGGAAGCUGACAUGCUGGAUCUUCCAUUUGCCAAUGGGUGUUUUGAUGUUGUUAUAGAGAAGGGAACCAUGGAUGUAUUGUUCGUGGACAGUGGUGACCCAUGGAACCCACGGGUUGAAACAGUUGACAGGGUUAUGUCAAUGCUUCGUCAAAUUCAUAGGGUUUUGAAAACUCAUGGCACUUUCAUUUCAAUCACCUUUGGCCAGCCACAUUUUCGUCGUCCUUUCUUUAGUAAUUCAGAAUUUACUUGGUCUACGGAGUGGAGAACAUUUGGUGAUGGAUUUCACUAUUUCUUCUACAUCUUGAAAAAGGGGCACAGGAUGUCAGAGAGUGCUGAAUGUACUGAGAGGAUCGACAUGCCAUCUAUAUCUCCUUACCACGAUGAAUUAGAUUCUGAAGACUACAUUUUCCGGACUAACAUUGAUGAUGCCUAAAGUCUGGGGUGAGUUGAAGCGUUUCUUAUGCUUUCAUUUUCCGGACUAACAUUGAUGAUGCCUAAAGUUUGGGGUGAGUUGAAGCGUUUCUGAUGCUUCUUAAGUUGUUCUGACAACCUUCUUUGCUUCUGCAUAUAAUUGGAGAACAAAGAGAAGAAUGUGACAAGCUUUUGGUGAUGAUAGCAACAGAAUUCAACACUAAUUUGUGCAAGAAGUGCCUUUGUAUCAUGUCGGCAGUGUUUUAGGCUACCUCUUUAUUGUAGUUCCCCCUCGUCUCACAAAAUUUUAGCAGCCAAAGGGAAGACGCACAGGUAAUUUGGCCGUGCAGGGUGUUGCUUGUUUCCAAUGUCUCUAAGCAUACAUGAUUAGUGACUCAGUCAAUUAGGUAUAAACCACGAGAACGGCCAUGCCUUUUACUCAAAGCUGUUGGAUGGAAUCAUUCUUAUUGCGUAAGCUAUCAUCCUGUUUUCCCACUUUUUGAUGGCCAAAGCUAUCAUGAUCUUUUAGAGACUUUUUCUUUAAGCUCCCUUUUUCCUCCCCCUUUUUUAGCUUUCUUUAUAAGUGGCAAGCAUAGCCUAGGGAGAUAAUGUAGUGGCUUCUAAUUCUGCUUCUUGAAUGAGUAUUGUCCAAUUACGUCCUAGAUAGGUGUUGGUGGUAUGGAAAAUCUUAGAGCAUGUAUCCGAGCGGGCAGGAAUCCUUAAAAAGGCCCAAUUUCACGAAUUUGUGUAAUGGCUUCUUGGUAAACAUGAUUGUUGGAGCCUCCGGCUUUUCUUUAAAAAAAAUGUACCGGAUUUAGGGACUUGUUUGGGGAUCAGCACUGGUAUUGUGGGGUGUCCUACAUUUAAUAGACCAUUGCUACCUCUGUUUGGUGAACUUUAAGUCAUUUAGCUGAUGUAGCAAACUUGAUAUGUAAUGAAAAAGCAACUAGUUACGCCUUUAAGAGCAAAGCAA